GGAAAUUAUGAUACGCACAUUUUCUUUAAUUUAAAAUUCGCACAACACGGUGGAUUACGAAAAAGUAACUAAAACAAUUCAAUAAUAUUUGAAGGAUUAAAAUUGGAAAAUGGUGAGGAAAAAGGUUGAUAAUCGAAUUCGCAUUAUGAUUGAGAAUGGUGUUGCUUCUCAUCAACGUUCUAUGUUUGUAAUAGUUGGAGACCAUGGUAAAGACCAGGUAGUGAUACUGCACCACAUGUUGAGUAAAGCUGAGCUGAAAGCUAGACCUUCAGUACUCUGGUGCUACAAGAAGGAACUGGGAUUUAGCAGUCAUCCCAAGAAGAGAAUGAAAGAGAUACAGAAGAAAAUCAAAUGUGGUAAACUGAGUGUCAAUGAAGAUGACCCGUUUGAUUUAUUUGUCUCCUCCACAAAUAUCCGCUACUGCUACUAUGCUGAAACGCACAAAAUUUUAGGCAACACGUAUGGCAUGUGUGUACUACAGGAUUUUGAAGCACUGACACCUAAUUUAUUGGCAAGGACAAUUGAAACAGUGGAAGGAGGUGGCCUCAUUGUGAUUCUCCUUCGUACCAUGUCUUCAUUAAAGCAGUUGUUCACAAUGACCAUGGAUGUUCAUGCCAGGUUUCGAACAGAAGCCCAUCAAGAUGUUGCUGGUAGAUUUAAUGAAAGGUUCCUCUUGUCUUUGUCAUCUUGUAAGAAUUGUGUUGUGAUAGAUGACAAGCUACAUCUCAUACCAAUAUCUACACAUGCUCUCAGUCUAGAGGCACUCCCAGCUAAAUCAUUGGAUGAAGUAAGUUCCCAAGAAAUAGAGUUGUCAGAACUCAAGAAAUCUGUCCAGGAGAUGGAUGUCACAACAGGGAAAAUCAUUAAACUUUGUAAAACAUUAGACCAGGGUCAUGGCUUUCUCAAGUUUGUUGAUGCUAUAGUUGAAAAAACUCUGCGUAGCACAGUUGUAAUGACAGCUGCUCGUGGUCGAGGAAAAUCUGCAGCAUUAGGAAUGGCUAUUUCAGCUGCUGUUGCAUUUGGGUAUUCCAAUAUAUUUGUGACAGCCCCAAGCCCAGAAAAUCUCAAAACUUUAUUUGAAUUUAUAUUUAAAGGCUUUGAUGCUUUAAACUAUCAGGAGCACAUUGAUUAUGAGAUCAUCCAGUCAACUAACCCUGACUUCAAUAAAGCCGUUGUUAGAGUUAACAUCUAUAGAGAUCACAGACAAACAAUUCAGUAUAUCCACCCUGCUGACUCCCAUAAACUUGGACAGGCUGAGUUAGUUUGUAUUGAUGAAGCUGCUGCCAUUCCAUUACCAUUGGUGAAAAAUUUGUUAGGACCAUACCUAGUCUUUAUGUCAUCCACUGUCAAUGGAUAUGAAGGAACAGGUAGAUCCCUGUCUUUGAAACUUAUUCAACAGCUCAGGCAACAGUGCACUACCUACGGGGGUAGUGUGAAAGAGGCCAGAUUGGCUGCUGAAAUGGCUAAGAAAGGAAGUGAGGCUGUGGGUACAGGUAGGGUCCUGCAUGAGAUAGAGUUAAAGGAAUCCAUACGAUAUUCCAACGGAGAUCCUGUGGAGGCAUGGUUAAACAGACUUUUGUGCCUGGAUGCCAGCGUGAUACCCAGGUCAUUGUCAGGCUGUCCCCUCCCUGCAUCCUGUCAGUUGUACUAUGUCAAUAGGGAUACACUUUUCUCCUAUCACCCUGUGUCUGAGAAAUUCUUACAUAGGAUCAUGGCCCUCUAUGUUUCAUCCCAUUAUAAGAAUUCUCCCAAUGACCUGCAAGUACUCUCUGAUGCUCCAGCUCAUCACAUAUUUGUUUUAUUAGGUCCAGUCCAGCCUGUCAAAGGGGAACUACCUGAAGUAUUGUGUGUCUUGCAGCUGUGUCUAGAAGGGGAAAUCUCUAAAGCAUCUCUAGCCAGUACUGUACCAAAAGAGAAAAGAGCAUCAGAUGUUAUUCCUUGGACAAUAUCUCAAGAGUAUCAGGAUAGUGAUUUCCCAGGGCUUUCUGGAGCUAGAAUAGUCAGGAUAGCAACACACCCAGACUAUCAGAGAAUGGGUUAUGGUUCAGUGGCUUUGGACCAGCUUCAGAAAUACUUUGAGGGUCAGUUUUUAAGUUUGAAAGAAUUAACUGAUGAAGUGGAAACCCAAGAAAGUGAUCAGAAUGGAGAAGAAAGUAUGAUUACAGAGGUUGAUGACCAGGAAAUAGAUCUUCUCAGUGAACAGAUCCAGCCCAGGAAGAAUUUACCUCCCCUUUUAUUGAAGCUAACUGAUAGGCCUCCAGAAAGAUUGCACUAUCUUGGUGUUUCAUACGGCUUGACCUCUGAUCUGUUCAGGUUUUGGAAGAAGUCUGCCUUUACUCCAGUAUAUCUCAGACACAGUCCUAAUGAACUCACAGGAGAACAUUCUUGUAUAAUGUUGAAAACACUGCACACCACAGAGGAAGACAAACAGACAUGGUUGCAUGCUUUUUGGAAAGAUUUUCAAAAGAGGUUUGUGAAACUAUUGUCUUGUGAAUUUCGUGCAUUUAGCUCAGCCAUGGCUCUAGAGAUUCUGGAAAAUGAAAAAUUCAAAUCUGAAAAAAAUGGUCCUUUGAGUAAAUCCCAAUUGUUGCAAUAUCUCUCCACCUAUGACAUCAAAAGGCUGGAUCUGUAUUCCCAAAACUUGGCGGACUAUCACCUAGUGGGAGACCUCUUGCCUGACCUGGCCAAGCUCUAUUAUACUGACCACAUCAACGUUUCUUUAAUUUCUGCUCAGAGUUUAAUACUACUGGCUCUAGGGCUCCAACGUAAAACUGUGGAAGAAACAGAAAAAGAACUUAAAGAUUUGCUGCCUAAUCAAAUUUUAGCCCAAGUUAAUAAAAUUAUCUGCAAGUUCAUUAAGUAUUUCAAUGACAUUUUGGAAAAAGAAGCUGAGUCUAGUAUAGGAGAGAAGAAGGACAUUGUGAUGGAUCCAUUGAGACAGUCUAUGCAGGAAGAGUUGGCGUUAGCUGGCAAAGAGUUUAAACAACAACAUAAGAAAGAUGUGGCCAGCAUCAUAGGGGCUGACCUCUCCCGUUAUGCUAUUAAAGGAUCUGAAUCUGACUGGACAGAUGCCUUGAAAAGUACUGGCAAGUCAGUGAUCAGUGUUAAAAGCCAUCUUGUACAGAAAAGAAAACUGGAAGAAAUGACAGACAAAAAUAACAAGUCUGGGAAAAAGAACAAGAAAAAAAUUAAAAACAAGAAAUCUUUGUGAAAUGUGUGAAUGUUCCAUGUAAUGUUUUGAUUGUUUUGUAUAGACAAUAACAUUUCUAGACAAUAAAAUAUAUUUAUAAUUAGAA